UGAAACGAAGCCCUGACAUCACCAAGUCUCCACUGACAAAAUCUGAACAGCUUCUGAGAAUAGAUGACCAUGACUUCAGCAUGAGGCCUGGCUUUGGAGGCCCAGCCAUUCCUGUUGGUGUAGAUGUGCAAGUUGAAAGUCUGGAUAGCAUCUCAGAAGUUGAUAUGGACUUCACCAUGACCCUGUACCUGAGGCACUAUUGGAAGGAUGAAAGGCUGUCUUUCCCUAGCACAAACAACCUCAGCAUGACAUUUGAUGGCCGACUGGUUAAAAAGAUCUGGGUUCCUGACAUGUUCUUUGUACAUUCCAAGAGGUCCUUCAUCCAUGACACCACUACAGACAAUGUUAUGCUCCGGGUCCAGCCCGAUGGGAAGGUGCUAUACAGCCUCAGGGUCACUGUAACUGCCAUGUGCAAUAUGGAUUUCAGUCGCUUUCCCCUGGACACACAAACAUGUUCACUUGAAAUCGAAAGUUAUGCUUACACAGAAGAUGACCUUAUGCUGUAUUGGAAAAAAGGGAAUGAUUCCUUGAAGACAGAUGAGAGGAUCUCCCUGUCCCAGUUCCUGAUACAAGAAUUCCAUACCACCACUAAGCUUGCCUUUUACAGCAGCACAGGAUGGUACAAUCGCUUAUACAUUAACUUCACUUUACGUCGCCACAUCUUCUUUUUCUUGCUCCAAACCUAUUUCCCUGCUACUUUGAUGGUCAUGCUGUCUUGGGUGUCCUUCUGGAUUGAUCGUAGAGCUGUGCCUGCCAGAGUUCCUUUAGGUAUCACAACAGUCCUCACCAUGUCUACAAUCAUCACCGGCGUUAAUGCCUCCAUGCCCCGAGUCUCCUACAUCAAGGCUGUGGACAUCUACCUGUGGAUUAGCUUUGUGUUCGUCUUCCUGUCCGUGCUGGAAUAUGCAGCAGUGAACUACUUGACCACUGUCCAGGAGAGGAAGGAGAGGGAGCUUCAAGACAAGCUUCCCUGUACUUGUGGUAUACCUCAGCCCAGGGCCAUGAUGAUGGAUAACAGCUACAGUGAUGGUGAGGUGAACGAUCUAGGAAAUUAUGUGUCAGACAAUGGAGAUAAGCAGGACAGGAUGAUGGUGCAGCUGGCUCUAGGUUCUGAGAGAAAUGCCACAAGAAGGAAAAGCCAAAGAAGUUAUGUGAGCAUGCGGAUUGACACCCAUGCCAUCGACAAGUACUCCCGGAUCAUAUUCCCAGCUGCAUACAUCUUAUUUAAUUUAAUAUACUGGUCUAUUUUCUCAUAAAUGUUAGUUAUUCUCAAAGUUCCCUGCUCUACACAUUAAGCACUCCAAAAACAACUACAUAAAAUAAUUCUGAAAAGAAUAUGGUGGAAAAAUAUUUCAUUCAGGCAUGUGCAUAGGAUAAAAAGAACAUGGAAUUGACUUCUGUCUUCACCAUCGCUUCCCAUGUGAGGCACUGAUGUCAUAUUAAGCAAUCAUUAAGUCAGAUCAUAUUUAUCGGGCACUGACUGUGUAUACAUUAUACUAGGUAUUAUAAUACAUAUGCCAAUGGCAACUGAUGGUAGUAACAUAGUCUGGAAAAAAAACCCCACAGUACUGUGAUGUGGGUUUAUAGCUUAUUUCUGGUUCUGCUACAAUUCUUGUUCUUCUGCAGUCCAUUUUCACUUGGACUCAAGAACUCUUUGUACUUGAUUAUUUUUACAAGAAUUGCUGACAUUGAUAAUUAAAGUUUCCAAGGGACUGGGUUUUGGAUAAGAAAAACAAUUUAUUGAUCAGACUAACAAUAGUCAAUAAAUUAAUUGGUCAGUGAUCUCACUCAGUGAUUAAAGACAAAGGCCUACCGCACCCUGAAUGAUUAAAUAUAAUUCUGAAAGUUCAUUAUUCUGCCCUUUUUCUAGACAGUCUAAGUAACUAAUGAGGAGGUGGUCCAAUACACUCUCAGUGCCUCCCCAAUUCCUCAACUGAUGAUGGAAAAUCACAUGCCCCGGGCCUAUGAUCAGGUCCUGUCUGGUUAAGAGGAACAUUGUUCACUCCAAUGCAGAAUUCAAGGAUUCUGCUCUGCUGCCUGCAGACAUGCUGUCUUAAGCUGGUUCUCAUUUACUGGGCAGGAUAGAACUCAUAAUCUCACUUUUCAAUCUCUCCAAAUUAGAAAAUGCUUUGGGGCAAGAGGAUGCCAAAAGCAUUCCUUUGAGUUUGUUAGGAACAAAGGAAAGAGGAAAAAGAUCUAAAGGACAGAUCUGAACCUCAUUUUAAAGCCAGAAAUGAAAAAUAAUACCAUGUUGAAAAAAUAUUCACACAUAUAAACACAAAACUCGUAUUUGUAUA